AUGGUGGACGACAAAGCAACAGCAAAAGAUUUAGAAUCAUGGAUCGAGCAGUUAAUGGAAUGCAAACAGCUCAGCGAAACACAAGUGAAAACGCUCUGCGACAAGGUAAAACAAUGUUGCUCGUUUUUUGAGGACAGUCAACAUGGUGUAAUUGUCCAACAAUUCUUGUUAGAUUGCAGUUAGAAAGAAACUGGUAUGGCAGACAAAUUAUUCCUCUUACAGUUUUGUGUACAACAUGCAUACAUGACAGACUCCAGUCCACAUGUAAACUAAUUCAUCAUCAAUCCGCGAAACGGAGAAUGAAAUUAUUGCAAUCUACACGAUCGCUUCCUUCGCUUUAACAUAAAAUGCUUUAAAUCUUUUAUUUAAAAGUAGCUGAAAGACAUUAAAAGAAUACUUUGUUAACUGUUUAUCAACCCGCAUCCGCAAGGACUACCUGUUUAACAAGCUUAUAUAGUACGUGGUUUUGAGUUCAUAGCUCUAUGUCUAAUUUCUCUUCUCAUUUUGCCACUAAGCUACUAUUCGUGAAGGGAAUAAAUGUCUCCUUUACUACUCAGUAGGGUUUCGGUUGUAUAUUUGCUUCUUUUCCGCCUCACGCUUGUUCGGCAUUUUUCCUUAAAAUUGCAACAUUGCAGAUGUUCAGCAAUUUGCUUUACGUCACUGCUAGAGUCUUCAAGUGUGUGGUAGUGUGGAUGAUAAAAGUAGAGCUUUUGAAAAAUGCUGAGUUCAAACAGCCAUUAAUUAUGUUAUUUGUCUCUUUUUGGUGUCCUGACUGUUUUCCUGACAUGCCUUUAUAGGAUUUAGACCCUUAGCUCAGGAGAUUGUGUGCUUGACAUCAAGUAAAGAAAGCAUUUUUUUUUCAGUGCUGGAUUUAUGUACCCACACCAGGGCUCAAAAUUGCGACUGAUGCGGUCGCCAAUGCAACUAACAUUUUCUCCUUGGCGACUAAAAACUAUAGUUUAGUCACCAAAGUGGCGACCAGAUUUCUCUAUGAUUUAGAUUUAAAUUAAAAGAGUAAAGUUAAAACAAACAUUUCAUCUUAUCCUGCUUUGCUUUCAUCAUAAAAAAUGUGCCAAAUCGCAUAAACAAAGCCUGUUUACCUCCAAAUUUAUACUGACUUCUAUUCACGAUAUUUUCAAAUCUGAUGGAUCAUACCAUUCUAUGCAGGGCUUCUGAUAGGUUGCGGAAAAAAAGUCAAAUUUCGUGGGAUUUUUAGGGGCAAAUUCGAGGAAAAAUCGACCAAUUUCGCAGGAAUUUUCGGGUCAAACUCAGCCGAAACUCAAUCGGUAAAAAAAGCCGAUUUUGUGGUUAUUUUCAGGGAAAACUUUGUUAGAGAUAGAUUGGUUUUGCGCUGACCAGACCAGCAUUUUUAAUGUUUUUUUAACAGCUGCCAUCAUUUGCUCUUUCAACAACAAUACGUUCCAGAACUGACCCAAUGGCAAAGCCUUUGACAUCAUGGCUAGUGCCCAGUUUUUCGCAACAUAAUCUACGCCUGGUAGUUUCAGAGUUUCGGGACGUUGUUUGCACGUUUCAGUGACGAAGUUUCAAGAUAAAUUUAAAAGUUUACAGCAAGUAAAUAACCCCAAUAGCUGAGAAAAGUUUCACAUAUGUUGUACAGACAUGUAAUUGAUAGGAUUUCUACCGAAUUUUGCGGUAUUUUGGGUGUUUUUGUGAAUUUCGCAGCUCUGCGACGGCGUGAAAUAUCAGAAGCCCUGACAAUGAGCUGCGUCAUUUACAUUAUACAAACUGGCAACUAAAAAAUUGCAUUUGGCAACUAUAUUUCUCCAGUUGGUCGCCAAAAGGUAACCUGAGGAUUUUUUUAAUUUCGAGCCCUGCACACUCUAUCAUUUAUCUAGGACUGAGAUCAAGUGAGACUGAGACUGAGUGUUUUGUUGUUGUUGUUGUUUUAACUUAUAUCCAGAUUAGUGUGAACAUUGGAAUUUUGAAAAUAAUAUGAAAAAUAAAAGUGUGAAUGAAAGAGAGCUUUUAUCAGUUUUGGGUUGAAAGUGCAGUUUUCAAAUUUUUCAGAUAUUUAGUGCUGUUUUGAAAAUGAGAAAGAGUGCAUUAUCAGGGUUAAAAACUCGAGGCGAAGCUGAGAGUUUUUUGAUAAUACACUCCUGCAAGUUUUUUGAACGGCUUCAAAAUCUCUGAUAAUAUAUAGAUCAACUCAUUUUUGCACUAAUAUUUAGAUUUGGGGUUAUUUUGGUCUCAAGGCUGUGCUAGCGCUCUAAGGGCGCGCGGUCACCUGAGGUGACUAACAUUUGGCUUCCGGCCGGUGGAAAAUAAUUCCCGGUCAUCCAGCAGGGUACUCUCGCUUCUCGUACAGUGUUCAGUUAGGCAGGCAGAAAAAUUUAACAUACUGGUGUUGGCUUGUCGAGCUAGAGUUUACUUAAGCCUACAGAAAAUGUUGGUACGAAACAAACGGGCAUUCGUUGAUGUUCAAAGGUGGUUCUGCAUGUUUUCACAUCUAACAUUAUCCAUCACUUUGAAUGUGACAACCUGCACAGAUUUCAGUUUGUAUUCAAAAUAGUUUUAAAAUUUUUCCUUUCAAAUAGAAUGGUUUAUUAGAUACAGUUUUCAGGAGAAACUGUUAAUACUUUUCUGACAGGUGUAGAAUGCAACUGGCGACGCGGGGCAAUUUAUGUUGUAUAAAACAGAAGUCGCUGUAUAUUGUUAUGCAAAUUUAAUAUUUUUACGGUGAAGUUAUUAUUCGGGCGACCAGUUUGAAUCAAGGUCUGGGUGCCUUCACUAAAAUGGUUGGGAGCCUGAAGGGUCCCUGAAAUUUUCUUUAGACCACAACUUUGGGUCUAAUAAAUUGGACUUGAAGUUAAGUGAUGUCUUUAUCAGAUAUAAAGACAAUCAUUACACAUUAAGGCAGAAUCCACCAGGAAAUUGAGUAAUUUUAAUUUUCAGUGGACAAAAACCUUGUACCAGAAUAAUAGGCCAUUUGCACUAAGAGGUCAUGUGACAUCGUUUUUAUGAAAAUGAAACUUAUAUGACUUUUCCUUUGAAAAACGAUUAAUGGCUCAUAUCUUAAACAAAGUAAUAGUGAUUUGGUUUUUCAAACCCGCACCAUUUUCUUAAAUUGAGUAAGUGCGUAGCUGGUCACGUGACCAAAAUGUGAUUUUUAAAAUUAUGAAUUACCUCUUUCUGAACACAAAUUUUGUACUUAAACUUCAAGGAAAAUGUUGAAAAGAUGAUGUAGUAACGUUUACAGCACAUCUGAGUGAAACUAUCAAACGUUUAACAAGAUAAAAGCAAAAAGUAGUUUUGGCCGCCAUGUUGGAGGGCAAGAGUAUGCCCUCCAACAUGGCGGCAAAUACAAAUGAUACUACUUUGUUGAAAAAUCAAAGUGCCAUAAAAUAUCUCCCUUAAAUGCGUUUCCUCUCAAAUUUCGGGGGUAAGAUAAUUUUUAUGUGUUCUAUCAAUUUUUGGCAUCAGCAAGAUUCCAACUCAUUGUUUGAAGGAAGCAUUAGUCACGUGACCUCUUAGUGCAAGUAGCCUAUUUAAAGAAUAUUGCAUUCUUUUUUACAUUUUUCAAGAGCUUAACCCUUUAAGUCCCAAUAGUGUCCAACAGCAAUUUUCUCCUAACGAUAUUCAUACAUUAUCAUGAGAUUAGGUUAUGAGAAUUAAUAAAAUGAUCACGCAAGAGAAAAUACUUUGAUCUUUUAUCAAAUUCUCUCAACUAAAUUCUUAAAGGAAAUGUAUAGAGGUCAGUUUGGAGAAUUUGUAUGUGGAUAUUGGGGCUUAAAGGGUUAACUCAUUCGCUCCUGGAGAUUUUGCCAAAAAACGCGUUUUGAAGGUACUCGAGUGGUUUUCUGGUCACUGUCCUGCUAUAAAGAGCUUAAACUUACCACAAACCGGUUUACAGGCCAUACACUUCACGGCCUUCUUCCUCUUCUACCCUCUUUUUUCGCUUUUCUUGCCUCAUUUUUUUUCUCUUGCUGGGCAUUUAGUAGGCUUCAUUUUGGUGGAAAUAGUUUAUAGGAAAGCUUUUAGGAUCUUAGGAUUAGGUGAAAGGAAAGGUAGGUGGGCAAUGGAACAAGAUUUUCAUGGAGAUUUUCAGGUCAAUGUUACAUGGUUUUUUGCCUCUUUCUCCGGUGUCCCUGACUGAAUUGUGCUCAUUCUGGUAUGGUUUGAGAGAUCUCUUCACUCUGCACAAGUUAGUGGACAAAGUUUUCCUUGACUAUUAAAACUGAUGACGUCACAAAGGGUAGAAAGGACGUGGAUCCGCACGGGCAGUUCAGGGGCAAAUGGGUUAAGAUGUAACAAAUUAUCUGUAGUAACACCAAAGAAAAUUUCUCAUAGAAGUCUGAUAAAAUAAAUGUCAAAUUUCACAAGAAUUGUGAUUACACUGUACACAGGGAAAAUUUUGAAAAUUUCAUGUGUAAGAUGUAAUUCUGUGAAAUUUGACAUUCAUUUUCUCGGGCUGUCAUGAGAAAUUUUUUUUGGUGUUAAUACAGAUGAUUUAUUAUGUCUUUAACCUUGAAAAAUGUAAGAAAGAAUGCAAUAUGCACUAAAUUAUUCUGGUGCAAGAUUUUUGUCCACUGAAAAUCAAAAUUACUCAAUGUCCUGGUGGAUUUCGUCUUUAAAAUUUCUUUUGUUUUUCGUUUAUGAACUAUAAAUGAGUUUUUGAAGUGUAAUUAAGUUUGCUAUAUUAAUUUUUGUAUGUAACUGUUUUUUUUAGGCAAAAGAAAUUCUCAGCAAGGAAUCAAAUGUACAGGAAGUGAAAUGUCCUGUGACAGUUUGUGGUGAUGUUCAUGGCCAGUUUCAUGACCUUAUGGAACUGUUUAAAAUAGGAGGAAGGUCACCAGAUACCAAUUAUCUAUUUAUGGGUGACUAUGUUGACAGAGGUUAUUACUCUGUGGAGACUGUUACUCUCUUAGUUACUCUAAAGGUUAGUAACUUGAUAAUGUGUAACAUAAUGUCAAUUUUUACUGAGAUGAAUUUUCACAGAGAACAACCCUUCUUGUCUCCAGCCUUGUACACCCAACAAUAGCUUACCCAAAGGACAAGUGAUCAUUUAAAUUUUCAUCUCAACUUGUUCUACAUGCAAAAACACCCUUACAAGCCUUCCUGGACUUUAUUAUGUCUCUGACAAUUUGCUAACAAAAUUAAUGAUUUCUCCUCACACAAAACUUCAAUAACAUAUGUUGUUUACAUUAAUAAUAAUGGUGAAAGGUUUGAACACAGGAGUCAUUUCAUAAGUACAGUAUGGCUCAAAAGUAAGUUGUCGGUCACUCACGUCUUGAUCCUUGAACAUCGAGACUUGAUUCUUGAUUCUCGAAACUUUCAAGAAUGGAGUCUCGAAGAUCAAGGAUUGAGUUUCAAAUUUUGAGUUGAGAAAUAUUAUGAACUUGUCAUGAGAGCACACUCUUUAAAAGUGUACACUUUUAUUCUAAGAAUUUCUACUCCGUGCAUUGGUUGAGACUCGUUCACUUUCGUGUAAAUGAAGCUCGCGCUUUGAAAGCGGAAAUGUUUGCUUAUGGUCUCCUGUUAAUAAUCUUUUAGAAACUUGCUUUUUGGAAGUGAAGGCAUACAUGUACCUGAGAUACAUGCAAUAGUGGUGAAAAUCUAGCCUCUGUUUGAAAGUAAACAACAACGAAACAACUUAUACAAAAAACAACAGUAUUAAUAUCGCUCGUGCAAUGGUACUAGAGCUGUAAUUUUUUCUUUUUGACUUUCUAUCUUUCGUACAUCAGAUUAGCAGUGAAAAAUGAGCAUCCAUUUGCCAGUAAACAGCAAUGAAAUGACGUGUAGAAGAAAGGACAUUAUGUACUAUAUACACCUUAUUCGAUGGUUUAGCAUAUAAUACGAGCGGACAUUUUGCUCAUUGCUCGUAUCGCAACUCACAAAAUAUCCGCAUGUAUUAUGUGCUAAACCAUCGAAUAAGAGGUUUAUUAUUCCACUACAAAAAAAAAAUUAUCUGGGAAUUGGGUUCUAUUCUUUGGUAAAAGUAUUCAGAGACAUCCUGAUUCUGUCUGUGAGAAUGACGUUAACAAUUAGCAAAAUGUUCGCGCAUAUUAUAUGCCAAACCAUUGAAUGAGAGGUUAAUUAUUUUACUGCAAAAGAAAAAUGGUAUUUUGGCUUCUAUUUUCUAAUGAGAGUAUCCAAAACAUCCUGAUUCUGUCAGCCACAGUUGCUCCUUUUGCAUCCGCCGGUAUUCGCCCUGUUGUAAACCAGCUAAACCAGGACACUACGGUGUAUUACGGCCUCGUAUUUUGCUUGUUCUCUUGACCUUAUAUGGUAAAAUGACAUAAUAGUGGAAUAAUAAGUAUCAAUAUUGCUCAUUUACAGUGUACAGCCUCUGUUUGAAGGUAAACCAUAACUAACGACUCUGUAGAUAAUCAUACUCAAACCAAAUUUUUCAACCAUAAAUCUUCUUUAAUAGUUCCAAAACAAGAUCACACAUUCACAUGCUUCGAUUCGAAAACUGGAUCUUAUCUAUCUCACAAAUCGAUACCACAAGGUCUGUCUGUCUGUCAAAGUCUCAAUCUUUUGACAACUAUUUUUCUGAUUUCUGCAUACUCAUUAGCCUGCUUGCGCAUUUUUUGUCACUUGCUAUCGUUCUAACGAAACAAGUUUGAAACUAUUAGUAACACUCAAAUGAUCGUGUUAACAUGUCGCUUCAGCAAACAAAGUUUCCGGUGACAUCAGCUAGAUUUGCAUAAAAGCAAGUUUUAUAAUUCACAGAGUCGCUUAGCUGUGAUUUCAAAUGAACAUGAUGAAUGACAGGUUACAUGUAUGAAAUUGUUCUAAGCUACAUUUACACGUUUUCGAAUGAACUUUGCGAGUGAUAGGCUACAUGUUACUUGUAUGAAAUCAUUCUAAGCUGCUUUUACGCAAAAGAGAUUGAAGCUUGACUAAUAUCAAAUAUACCAGCUCAAAUGCUCAUGAAAAUGCUGCUUUUUAAAACAAAGAUAGUUUGUGUUAUAAAUCUUUAAACUCAUCACCAAUAGAUUAGCUUGGGCAUUGGUGCCUACAAAGUUGGUGGAGCCGGGCAAUUCUGUAGUGUGAGGAGGAGGUAUCCAUGGCAACCCUGCGAGUGGCCCCCACCGGGCACCGUCACGCUGAACAAUUCAGUGGAAUACUUACCGAUCAAUACUUAGCUGGCCCAUACCUCAAGAGGGAGGGAGGGAUGGGAAAAAACCAAAGCACAAAAUGGCAUGCAGACGGCAAGCUAUUGCAACAACACUUUGCAAAGAACUACAAGCAAGCAACUGCAUAGAUAUAAUUCACGAGGUGCCCCUGCUAGAGGCGUCAGGCCAUCCCUAGUAUAGCUGGAGAAACUGCGGACCAGCAAUGCUUCGAGGUUAACUUUGCCUAAAUUACAUUUAGCCACACUUAUCAAGAUUUGCAUAAAACUGUGACAAGCUAGUUAGUUCACAGAAUUGCUGAGCUGCACCUGCACCGUUCAUCUGUAAAAAUCUUUGAACGUGGCAAGCAAAGGCUACGUACACUGUAUAUGCAGGAUAAAUCUUUGAAACCAAAAAUAUUGAUUUAUGCUUAUUGAAAGCUUGCCAAAGCUGGCAAUUCAAACAGUUACAGAACACUGCAUUGCAAGCACUGAUCAUCGGUGCGAAUUUCUGAAUGGCUACAUGACUGUGCGACAUCCUUCUUUCAGAAAACAGUAAUUUCAGGUGGAAGCCUUGCUUCUCAAAACUCGAAAGUUGAAACUUGAAACUCAAGACUCGAUCCUAGCGUCUCGAAACUCUUUUGUCAACAAUCACAUUGCUGAACAUGAUUUACAGACAAAAUAUCAAAUCGACAGAGACUAAGCGACAUUACAUAUUCUAUAGAGUACUCUCAAAGACUCACUUUAGAAAGCUGGUUUACUAACUUAGAACAAAUGCCACUGAAUCAUAGUCGACAGUUACCAGCACCAUACAAACAACUUAUUGAUGGACUCAAGCAAAACUGACCAUGAGAGAAUGACGGGACAACUAACAAUUUGACUAACAAUACACAAGUGUUUAACCCAUUCGCCCCUGAACCGCCCGUAACCGCCCGUGCGGAUCCAGGUCCUUUCUACCGUUUGUGACGUCAUCAGUUUUAACGGUCAAGGACAACUUUCUUCGCUAACUUGUGCAGAGUGAAGAGAUCUUUCAAACCAUACCAGAAUGAGCACAAUUCAGUCAAGGACACCGGAGAAAGAAGCAAAAAACCACGUGACAAGGACCUGAAAAUCUCCAUGAAAAUCUUGUUCCAUUACCCACCUACCUUUCCUUUCACCUAAUCCUAAGAUCUUAAAAGCUUUCCUAAAAACUCUUCCCACCAAAAUGAAGCCUACUAAAUGCCCAGCAAGAGAAAAAAAAAAUGAGGCAAGGAAAGCGAAAAAAGAAGGGAGGAGAGAAAGCGAAAAGUAAAAGUCAAGACUGCUGCUUGCUUUCUGCGCAUGCCCGAACUUCGCAAGCUGAUAUUUUGCAUCUGGAUCAGAAGGCCGCCAAGUGUACAACCUGUAAACCGGUUUGUGGUAAGUUUUAGCUCUUUAUAGCACGACAGUGACAAGAAAACCACUCGACUAGCCUCAAAACGCGUUUUUGGGCAAAAUCUGCAGGAGCGAAUGGGUUAACUGUGACAAUAGAGGGAUCGAAAUGCACCAGUGACAUUACGAGUCUACAUAGCCUAUAACAGCACAGCUUAACAGACAGACGACCAAUAAGAUUGUGACUUAAUCGACCAAUCAGGUUAAUAACCAGAGUUUAAUGCCAACAGUAACUCAAUAAUACAAUUGCAGUCACAAUACUAUUGGGUUUACUAUCAUUGGUGUAUUGAGAAGGAUUAGUAAGGAGUCAGACAUUGGAAUUGCUCCAACAGAUACUUCUUAUUUACACCAGCCAGCAACUGUACCCUCAAUUUUGAGCCUUAAAAUGUCAGCAGAAAGGUGUGGGUAAUGCACAAGUUCUAACAUCACUUUUUAUAACUGAUUUCUAAAUUGAACAGUUUCCCCACAAGUUGACAGACUCCCAUGUUUGCCACCAAAUAAAAACUUGUAUGCAUUCUUGACACCUUCAUUUGUCUUGCAAUAGGUUCGUUUCCCAUACAGAAUAACUAUUUUACGUGGUAACCACGAAAGCCGUCAGAUCACUCAAGUGUAUGGAUUUUAUGAUGAAUGUCUCAGGAAGUAUGGCAAUGCCAAUGUUUGGAAAUACUUUACAGAUUUAUUUGACUACCUUCCACUGACUGCCUUGGUUGAUUCACAGGUAACAUCUCUUUAAUUUUAUUUACUUUCUACAUAUAUAGCUAGUGUGCAAGCUGCUUUUUUAGGUGAAUUAAUUGCAAGAAAAAAGGGGUGAGAGGUGGGACUGACAGCUUGCCAGCAGACUAAUACUUCAAGUACUACAGCAGAUGUGAAAUAGUUCUAUGAAAGGAGAAAAUUUCAAGGUCAUUCUGUUUGUGGAAUGCAGUUAUUAUUGCCAGACUAAGAAAACUAUGGAUGCCAGAAAGAUUUCUGGAAUGGUAUUGUGACCCGAGGAACGUUGCAGAAUGGCACCUAUUGAUAAGUGUCAGCUGUAAAACAGGUCAGCAUGUGGUUUGCUGUUUCCUGGUCUCAAUUGUGAUUAGUCACUUAUGUCCAGAAAUGCAAGAAAACUUGGAACUUAGGAAGGUCAUAUUUGAUACAAAUAAUUAUAAUUAUUUCCAUAUUACUUCAUGUAGAGAGAGGUGAGGAUUAGGGCCAGGUGACACUUCAUAAUGUCUAUGAUAAGGAGCGUGAAUCACUGACAUUAACUUGCAGUCCUGGGCAUAUCUGUUCAUUUGGCCAUAAAGCAGUUACUAAAUAUUGUGUUUCCCUUUGUAGGCUAUUUUUGCUAAAAACAUUUUUUAUUCUGGCAUACAAUUUGAGGUUGAUUAAUCUGGCUAGACAUUUUUGACCAAUAGUAAAACUCUUUUAAAGACUGGACUUGACUGGCCAGCCAAUCCAGGCAAAUGGUAAAUCCAUGCAAAGGUUUGACUAUAAUUUUGUUCAUCAUUACUUAUUUUUGCAGAUCUUCUGUCUUCACGGAGGACUUUCUCCUUCCAUUGACACUCUUGACCAUAUCAGAGCUCUUGAUCGCCUCCAGGAAGUUCCCCAUGAGGUAGGUUAGAGAAAACUUAAGUCACAUGUGAAAUGGAGGCCUAGAGAGUUGGUUGUCUCAAAAAUGAGUUGUUCUUAUAGUGCAGGGCUGGUACUGAGUUUUCAUGUUGGCAGGUAAUACAACAAGUUGGCAGGGAAUUAUUGUGCCCAGUGAUUUGAACUCAUCACACAGUCUUAUGAUACAAAGUGAUAUCAUUCUGCAAUGAUGAGGGCACUUUGGAUGCAGGGUUAUCAGAAAGUUUUGAAGUAGACGGUUGAGUUAUUAAUGUAAACAGCCAGUGCCGCAGGGGGUGCCUAGCGCGGAAGGCGCAAGCCGCUAGACUUUAAGUAGACAUCUCAUCUUUAAGUAGUGAAAAGUUCAGCCAUAUUUCAUGUUAUCCAGUCCAGUACUUUUAAAGAAACGUCAUUUUUCCUAAGUGCAAAUAAUACUGUCAUACUCAAAAAUACCUGUAAUUCAGAGUUAAAGGGCAACUCUCGGGAAAAUUACCCCUGUUUUUUAAGUUCUCUAUGGUUUCCUAAUGGCAUGUAAUGUCUCUCUUUGGUGAAAUUUCGGAUAUAUCUGGGAAACUUAUUUUUUAAUAAUUUUUCGAAAACUCAAUUUUUGCCGCCAUUUUGAAAACAUUCGGAUUUCAGGUUAGUCACGUGAUUUUACGUCACACGUGUGGAACACGGAUUGCCAAGUGAAGAUUACAAGAGAAAAACGCACCAAAUUUCUCUUGCAAAUAAAGGAGAAAUAGAGCCUCUACUAUCAUAAUAACGUUCAGGAAAAGCAUUUCGAUGAUGGUUCCAAUGUUUAAAUUUACACGGGCAUCAGAUGCAGGUGAUUUAGAUUUUUUUCUGUAUUUUUUUUGUUAGUAUAUUUUUGAAGUCGCGUGAGACAUUUAUCGACCCGAGGUCAAUAAUUGAAAACAGCUAAGCUCCUAAUCUGCUACGUAUAAUACAAAGAACAUCUUUCCUAUAGCAGAUUCAAAAUUCUGAUACAACCAUUAAUGUUACAUGAUGGGUGUUGAUGCCCUUCAUUCCUCGAAAACGACUUAAUUUUUUCCCGGGAAAUACUCGCAUCUUUGAAGAGAACUCCGUCACAGACCGCCGUACCGGCCUGAUUCUAUACCGCCUUUUGUGUUCUCACUUAAGUGUGUUGUUCUCUUGUCUGAAAUCUGCAGGUUCCAUCCAUUUACUUUUGCUUCUAAACACGCGAAAUAAAACUCACUUCUCGCCGAAAAUUGCGAUUUUAUGAUCAUCAUUUUGAAUGCAGUUAUUCGAGAUGUGCUCUCGAGAUUGUAGCGUCAUUCCAUUGCAAAACCUGCACACACGCUAAAAUUACAUGUAAUGGGCCUUUUAAGGAUGGAAAGAAAUGAAAACAGUUAAAAAAAAGUUGAUUAAAAUAGGAUUGCUUCAUUUUCUUUAGUGGUACUUUGUACCCAUCCUACCCGCGAACACUAUAAAGCUGCCUUGAUAGCCACACGUGUCACGCUUCUUUUGCAAUACUUUCCUUUGGGACUUCUCACAAGAAAGGAAAAAAGAAAUUAUUAACCCGUUUUUAAAUCCCCGACGCAGUACUUUUGGAAAAUUCCAAGGAGAAAAAUGCGAUCCAUAACGGUAGCGAAAAAGGAGAAAGAACUAGGCAAGCUUCCUGCAGUAUGAACCUUUUUAUUGAAGGUUAUGGCUCAAGCACCAGAACUGAAGGUCUUUGCUGGCUAUUAAGAAAAUUCAAGGGCUUUAAAAAACUACAUGUUGAACCCGCAACUGAAUACCCCUACACUACUUGCUGCAUCCAAAGAGAGGCUCAACAGAGAUGAGGCAAUGGGUUCUUUCAGGGGCAGAUCCAGGAUUUUUUUUAGGAGGGGGUGCACUCGUCUCUUGCUCUACUUCAAAACCAAUAAACCACAUAGUAUUUUUUUUUGGCAGAAUACCAGUUGUAUUAGAAAACCGCAGGUCAGCUCAGGAGGGGGGGGGGGGUGCGCACCCCCUGCACCCUCCCCCUAGAUGCACCCCUGUCUUUCGUUAACAGAUAAAAUCUUUUCAGCCUUGUCAACUAAAGAAGGACUACAAUGCCCUGCAAUGUCUUGAUUCUUUGUAGUCUAGGCUAAGCUAGGUCACUACUGCAAUUAGUGACUUACAUGACCAUGCACUGUAUGGUCCACUUAAACUGUGACCGGUUUUCUUUAAUAUUAUUGCCUUAUCAGUUAAAAUAUGCAAGAUGGAAACAAUCCAUUUGUGAAUUCUAAUUUAAAAAUGAGGAUUUCCCAUUAUAACCUAAAGAUAUACAGCAAUGAACAAUAAAAUACCAUUUUAUUAUUAAGAUAUAAAGUUUCAACUGGUACAUUAUUUCCCAGUUAACAAUCACACCUGCUGGAAAAAAAGGGUGACAUGUUAUUAGUCAAACACUAUUCCGCCAUUAUUAUUCAGAAGCUGUGAGCAAGUAGUCGAGAAGAAUUAUGUAUUUCCCACACACUGACACCAUUGGACUUUAAAAGACCAUGUAGUCUUAUAGAUUUUUUAGUUCCAACAGUUAUUUUUGACAUUGUUUGCUGGGUAGCAAUCAUUUUAAUGGCAACAAAGUUGCUCUAGCCCAGUCUUCCAGUGGUGAGUGAGAAAAUUGCAUCAUAUUUUAUAUACAGUAGGGUUAUUUGCAAUACAUGGUAUAUUAUAUCUGGGCCCAGUUGUUCGAAGGCCGGUUAGCGUUUAACCCGGAGUUAAAUUUAACCCUGGUUUCUUUUUCUUGUGUUCAAAAGCAUUUUCUCGGAUAAUUUUCUCUCUUAUUUUUAGAGCUUCCAAUCAUCAACUUGUGGACAAAAAGAAUUAAAACUGAAUUGCUUUUUAAGCUUUCAAAUCUUAAUUCAAAUCUCGCACUAACCCUGGGUUAUCUUAACCCAGCUUUGAACAACUCAGCCCUGCACAAUGGAAUCCUGUGAACUCCAUCUCAUCCUCCAACCUUUCAGGCUCCUGGAAAUGAGGUCGUAUGCACUUAACUGCACAGGAAUCAAGGACGCUAAUGUAACUCCUAUGUCCCUGCCAAGGGAGCCCCAGUAUCACCUUACCAAUUGCCUGUAGGCAAUGUGCCUGCUUUUUUUAUGAUCUGAUUCUUCAUAUGCCGAGGCACCAUGCUGCUGCUUGUAUUGCCAUGCAGCCCGUAACACCCAGUAAUUCAGACAAACUGCCUGGAAUCCUGGGUGUUCCACUAUGCUCCUCUAGGUGGCUCCUCCAUAUUUUAAACUUCAACUGCCUCCAAAUAUUUACGUUUUACAACAGCCACCUCUUGGAAGCAGAUAUUUUCCCCCCAUCCAAUAGUACCACGGUAGUUAUUUUCUUUAGUCAUAAAUAUAGAACGUCGUUUAAUGGAGGGCAACAGAACAAGUGUUGAAUAUUGACCUUUUCAUUCUGCACCCAGAAAAUUAUAAAACUGCCAUAAGUCAAGACAGAGAAUAUUAUUUCAAUUUUGAGCUUAUUCACGCUUUAACAUUUAUGGCUUCAUCAUACUAUCUCCUGCCCAUAACCACAAAAUAGUUUCAAAUAUGUACACGUUUUCAAUACUGGGUGUAUUAUAAUACAAGUUCCUGCAGUUAUAUCUCGUCAAAUGCAAUAUUAUUGUAGUUAACAUAACCAUUGUUGUGCUCCAGACAAAAACUUAAGUGAAUAUGACAUGUCCCAACCUCGAAAUCAUAUACUGGGGAGCAGAAACGUUUUAUGCAAGCAGUUAGUUCACAUGGGUAUGGAGGUGUAUCUCAUCCCAACUUUAAAUUGUCUCAAUAAUAACAUCAGGAUACACAGAAGCUAGAAUAAUAACUUCUGAACCAAAUUCAUUGACAGAGCAAGACACAGUAAAAGUAAGUGAACGACUUGUAGGAAAACAACUGUACAGCGCCUUUUAGUUAUUAUGUAUAACAAUCUGUAUAACAACAAAAGAGACAAAUUUUAAAGUGCAAGCACUCCACGAGUCGAGCAUGAGCGGCUGUCAAGGGGCAAAGAUAUGGAAAUUUAUUUGCGUUGCAGUCAACGAAUUACGAGAGCAUAGUUAUUGCUUCCGAUAUAAAUCACUGCUUUUUGUAAAACCAGGAUUAAAGCAGAAAUUUUAAAAAAAACUACACUGAGACAACUUGCCCAGGUUAUCAUUUCCAGUAGUCGUUAGAAGGGGAAGGUACGCUUUCGACUACUUGUACAUAUGAAAACAAUGAUCUAAAAUUAUAAACGCUCAGUAUACAAAAAAAAAAAUGCGUGUUUAAUUAGUCCUUUUCCUUUUACAAUUUGAAGCAUUCAUAGCAUUGAUGAAAUCAAGCGAUUUACGGAUCGCACUGUACACAAGAAUUGUUCAAAACCAUCUAGGCACUCACCAUUCUUCACUAUCGAGAUCGCAGCGGGCGAGUGGUAGGCUCGAUGUUUUCUGGCGACGCACGAACUUCAUCAGCUUCGGACGAUCUUCCAGGCGGCUCAAAACGCCGGGGUUGAAUUUCCGUGAAGGGCUGCCCUAUACUUCGCAUUCUAAAAGUUUUUCUAGAACCGAAUAAUCGGACAAAGAGGUAGUGCUAUCACUUGAAGAACUACAGUCAGCCAUAUUCGAGAUCAUCUGUUGUUCCACACCUGUGACGUCACGUCACGUGAUAAGCAAAAUCGAAGCGUUAAUGGCGGAAGUUCGAGUAAGUGGCAAAUUUAGCACUUUGAAUCUCGAUUUCUCAGCCAAAUAGGUCGCUGAAGAUAUAUUUCUUGAUGGUAUUACAAUGAGAAAAACAUUUGCAAGGUUUUUCUGAAAAAUGUUGUCCUACGCGAGAGUUGCCCUUUAACAAAGAAAAAAUAGCUCAUUAUACCGAUUUCAUUCUCUUUUGUUUGAUCCUCUUUGAUAUCUGCCAUACUGUUUUGUAUUUCCGCUGCUCAAUACUGUUGCAGUGCUCUUAAAACGAAAUUUUGCCUUACCCCACUACCCUAGGGUGGGUUUUGUUUCUCUGUGUCUAGGCUGCUGAAUUUCUGAUAAGUGUGCGCAUGAGAGGUAUCUUGUAUCAUUCUAACAUACAUGUGGUGAGGCCAAAAAAAGAAGCGUGAGAUGUGUAAAGUCUGUAAAGCUGUAAGAGAAAAUCCAAGCGGUGGAAAGUGGGAAAAAAGGAGCUGAAAAACGAGAGAAUGGUUUGGGAGUAGACAAACAUUCAUGCUACUGGCAAAAUGAGAAGAUGAGGAAUAUGAACGUGGUAGCAGAACAAUAUUGUAGUUCUUGAAUCCUGGUGGGCACGUGUUUGAAGUAAAGUGUCAAUCGAAAGGCUUACAACUCAACUCAUAAGCUCAUUAUGGUUUGAAACGUGACCUUAAGGUUAGCUUUUUAACAUCAGAAGUUUCCCUUUUUUUCUUACUUUUGCUUCUCUAUACAGUGCAAACUCUGACUAAGCAAAUCUUACUUUUGCCCUCUUGUUGCUUCAAAGGUCAUGAACCUUGUCUGUCUCAUGUUUCCUUUGGUUUGUUUCUGACAGGAUUGAUCUCAGAUGGAGUUUUAUAGUACUGCUACUCUUUGACCUCUCUUAAAGCCUGAAGCUUUUUAUUGUGGCUAAAUAACCUUUCUAUAAAAAUUUUAAUUUCAUAGGUUUUCUUUGAAGUACAUGGAUUUGUAAAUCCACAAGCGUAAAGCUCUUUAGCCUGUGAUCUGCUGCUAUGUUUUGACGCUGUCGGUCCUAAACAUGAGCGUCAAAUUUCUCUCCUGUGGCCUCCCACAAUCACCUUCCUUAGAAACAGAAAAAUUUAUCUUUUAAUUCUGGUAAAUCAGGCAACUUUUGAGGUGUUUUUUUUCUUUGAUGCGGAGGUAAAUUGGAAAAAUAAAACUAGAUAUGCACAUUACAUGACCUAAUCUUAUUGUAGGUGGAUUUUGAGGGUGAAGAAAAAUGUUGAAAAUUUGCCGGUGCAGACACCUUAACCCACAUUUCCACCAAAAUCAAUGGUCGUGAGAGGCUAUGCGUUAUCUUCAGUGCUAAAGGGAAGAAAUUGAGUGUUGAAGAAUACAUCAGUGAUGUGAAACUUGAAGUGGGGAAAACAUCUAACGAAAGCCGCAAUUUUCAGGCAAAGUGGCUGAAAGAACACAUGUUGUUGAGAUACGAAAACCAAGCCGUAUUAAAUGUCAUUUUGGCAUGAGAGUUAUUUGAUUGCACAUUUUUUUGGGACACAUCAUAUUUUUAUCUUUCAUCUGUUUAUUGUGAUUGAAGUAACAAGUCAUGCAUAAAAGAUAAAGACAUUUAUUUAGUUAUUACAGAAUAAAUGUUACAUUUGCUAUAGCAAUUAAGAAAAUUGGCCCCUAGAUUUUCUUGUUUGUCCCCUUCCAAAGCCCUUGAGGGGACAAGUUGUCUGCAGAGGCCCUAGAGCUGCCUUAAACCCUGAUGUUUUUAACUAUAAUGCAAUAUUUUAAAGGGUUUACUACAUUGUGUUUCUGACUUCCUUGUCAUGAUUGGACUGGUUGUUCAAAGCUCUGUUAAAAAGAAAACCAGAUUAGAAUUUAACCCCAAGUUAAUGUUAAUCGGCCUUUGCACAACUGGGGUAAGUUUGGUAAAAAAUUAAUAUGGAACCUUGUAAUGAAUGAUUUAUUGCUUAUGAAGUAGAAACAAUAUCUCCUUUGUACUUACAGGGACCCAUGUGUGAUCUACUGUGGAGUGAUCCAGAUGACAGGGGUGGCUGGGGGAUCUCUCCCCGCGGUGCUGGUUACACUUUUGGUCAAGAUAUAUCUGAAACAUUUAACCACACUAAUGGUCUUACUCUUAUUGCUAGAGCUCAUCAGCUUGUUAUGGAGGUAAGCAGACAUGUAGAUAGGUGACUUUUCCAAAAAAAUGACCUUAUGUACUUACAAGUUUCUAAUGUUGUACAAGUGGUUAUAAGGAAAAUAGUUUUCAGGUUAUUCCUUCUAUAAACCCAGAUUUUGUAUGUGUACAAGUGUAUUUUAGAUGCACUGUGACAGAGGAUACUGAUUUCUAAUAAAGCCUCAAAGGUUAGGUUAGUUUUUGGUUAUAGUUAUGAUUUCAUUUUGGCAUUCAUAAAACUUUUUGUAUAAUUUUUUUUUUAGGGCUAUAAUUGGUGUCAUGAUAGGAAUGUAGUUACAAUAUUUAGUGCACCAAACUACUGCUACAGAUGUGGAAAUCAAGCCGCCAUCAUGGAGUUAGAUGAUGCUCUUAAAUAUUCCUUGUAAGUUUUGGUUUGUUGUAUUAUCAUCACCUUUUUGUCCCAAAUUUUUUAUAAGAAAAACACUCAAGGAUCUAUCUUGGGUUUUGUUUUCUGGCAAUGCAUUUGUACUCAUUGUAUUUGACGCCUGUCCUGCAGAAAUGGUCAAUCAAGGCUCUUCUUUGAAGCAAUUUAUUUAAUCAUAUAGGUGAAGUGAACUUCUGAAACAAAGAAGAGAGUGAUACCGAAUGUUUUUAAUGGUCAGCCAGUGGCCAUCACCUUACAAAAAGACUUAUGGUACAUAGCAACAUCGGCUAAGAGAAAACGUGACAUACAAAUUACUUGUGGGUAUUAAAUCAGCUGGAAAUUGAAGUAGCUUUAUCCACAUGUACUUUCUCAAGUGCCUGGUGUUAACAGAUUCUCUUUAUUCAGAAUCUAAGAAAUAUGAGAAGAGCAAUGUGGCGAUAGUGCACAUUUAAGUGUCAACUUACUUUUAUCCUUUCAGCCUGCAAUUUGACCCAGCACCAAGACGAGGAGAGCCUCAUGUAACUCGAAGAACGCCUGACUACUUCCUGUAGAGUGCAUUACUCUUGUUGCUGUUGUAUUGGUUGUCCUUGCUCAUCACUGUUACCUGACAUUUAGGAUUUGACAUCAUCUUUGUAUUAUUGCAGUUUGGACACAAAAAUUUAGUUAAGCAUAUACCUUUUAUGUGGUCCCAACCAAUAUUGUGGCAAUUUUUUUAGGCUUUCUUUCGUUGUCUGCCAAUAUUGUGGCAAUUGUUUUUAGGCUUCCUUUCAUGGUCUAAAUGCCUUUUCUGUAAAUUGAUAAUGAGGUUGGAUUAUUUCCAGUUGCAAUGGAGAAAGUCCAGUACAUGUUGCUUGGAGAGCUUUAUCUCAAUGUGCCAAGUCUAUUUGUUGGCAAUGUCUGUGAAAGUUUUACCCUCAAAAACUCUUGUCACCUGAGAGUUAAACGUUUCCUUUAGUUAGAUACAUAUGGCCAGCAGCUCAAUGAUGAACAAAUGUAUGUACAGUGUAAAGUCAAAAUUGAAGCUGUCUACGCUGAGCCUGUUUGAAGGAUGGAUAGUCGGAGUUGUAGCGAUACAAAUGCAUUAUUGACCAAGUCUGGGGUCAAGAUAGCGGCAUAACAGAUGUUAUUUUUUUUGCGUUUUUCAACGAAGAAAGCAAGGAGCCAGACACGCUUGCUGUGUCUGGCACUCCUUGCUCGCUUCAUGCUCGCCUGAAAAACGCAAAAAAAAUAACGCCGGUUAUGCGGGGUAGCUUUUUUGAGCGAACACGCUUGGUCAAUGAAGGAUUAAUUAUAGAUGGCCGAAACAAACUAAAUCUGUUUUGCAGGAGAAAGUAGUUGAUCCUGAUCCCCAUUUGGCUAGCAGAGUCAGUGAUAUAAUAAGAGUUGUUAUACUGUGUGUAUGCACAUUAGCCAGUACUAUCAAAGAUUCUUAAUGAACCGUUAGAACAUAGGAGUCGUUAUUAGCAAAUUAUGAUAUCUUGAAUCCCCUUUGGACCCUUAGAGUAGUGCUUUGUGGCAACAUCAAUCCUCCUGCCAUAGCUAAAUCUCAACCCUGUGUACUUUGAAGAGACAUGUAUGAUAGCCCUGGAUAUCUUAUUAUAAAAGUAAAUGGAAUAUGAAGUGAUAAAAGUACUUGUCUUUUAUCGAAUAUAUGAUUAAUGCUUUUCUCUUUUUUAAAGUAACGUGAAUGCGGGUAAAUGACUGCAUUGUAUAACUAGACCAGAUAAAAGUAAAUUAGUUAUUGGCUAUGUCAGUUUGCCUGUCGAGCAUCGAAUUCAACAGUAAUUAGUAGUAGCCUAAUGCCCUUUUCAGAAGUUCAACUUCAGAUGUGCGAAAUCUAAUGGUUAUAAACGAAAUUUAUUGUUGUAGUCAUAAGCAUUUGAUGUUCAACAUCUGAAACUAGCCUUAGUGCUGUGCUAGUAUUUUAUUCCCUAAUCAUUAAAAGGCAAUCUGUUCUUAGUGU